AUGCAAGAAGCAGCCAAAUGUUCACUUAUGCCUGGAGGAAGUAGGGACCCUCUGGUUGUUGGGCGUGUGAUUGGGGAUGUGUUGGACCCCUUUGAAUCUUCCAUUCCCAUGAGGGUCUCCUACAGCACCAGAGAUGUCACCAAUGGAUGUGAAUUCAAACCGUCACAAGUUGUCAACCAACCAAGAAUAAAUAUCGGAGGAGAUGACCUCAGGAACUUCUACACCUUGAUCGCAGUUGAUCCCGAUGCACCUAGUCCAAGUCAUGAGGUUGUAACAUAUGAGAGUCCACGACCCAUGAUGGGGAUUCAUCGUAUCGUGUUUGUGUUGUUUCGUCAACUAGGUAGGGAGACAGUGUAUGCACCAGGAUGGCGCCAGAAUUUCAACACCAGAGAAUUUGCUGAACUUUACAACCUUGGAUUGCCAGUUGCUGCUGAACACUUUUCCAAGUGGCCAAAUGAAACGAAUGAGCCGAAUAUAACCUCGUAG